AUGGCCUACACUAGGUUUCUGCCUCCAGCUGGCUGGCUUCCACCAAAUGCAGCUCGGCCCAACGCUCUUCGAUUAGCCAUUCACCAGGCACAUCUCCGAGAUCCAUUGCAGAAGUUAUUGUGUCAAGAGCCAACUGCAGGAGAAGAACCCGAAUUAUUUCAAUACUUGAGCUCAUUUAUAUUGCCACCUACGUUUCUGGGGCGGGACCAGUGUGCUUUCAAUUGGCAGUUUACCCUUUCAAGUUCCGACUGUGCAAGGUUUCCCCGUACUCACCCAAAUGCAAUUGGCCAACGCGCUACUCGAGUCCUCGCUGAGGGAUGUCGUACAUAUCGCCUGCGAUGCAUUAAGGUGUCUCCAUCUGCGAAAACUGUUGAGCAAGAAGCCUGGAGCACCGCGGAUGCCGUAUGGCCAAGCGUCAUAUACAUAUUUGUCAACAACUCUGAACUUUAUGUUCGACGCAAGGUUCAUAAUGGAAAAGACCUGCCAUUGGACAUCACGGAUUAUCUUUGUGAGGGCACGAACAACAUCUCCAUGCAUUUCAUACGCAGCAUGGUUGAAACCAAAGAUCUUGUAUAUGCAUUAGGGGUUGAAGUCAUGGAUGUUUCAGGGUUUACCCAGGUGAAGGAGCUCGCUCGGACUGUGUCUGCUUCUGAAACUCGUGAUCGUAUUCAAAAGCGCCUAAACUCCAGCGCUGCCGAUGACGAGCUGAGUAUCGUUAACGAUGAUCUUACCAUUAAUCUUGUGGAUCCUUUCAUGGCUCGAAUUUUCAAUAUUCCCGCCCGUGGUGGGAGCUGCAUUCACGAGGAAUGCUUUGACCUCGAGACUUUCCUCAAAACCCGGGCUUCAAAAUCCGGAAAGGGUCCUAUGAAGGAUAAUUGGAAGUGCCCUAUUUGCGCUGAAGAUGCUCGUCCUCAGCGGCUCAUCAUUGAUGGCUUUUUAGUUGAAGUUCGUGCGGAGUUGGAACGCACCAACCAGCUGGAAGACGCACAAACGAUUCUAAUCAAGGCGAAUGGAUCCUGGGAGCUGAAAUCCGGGAAAGACGCUCACGAUAAGGAGGGUGAAAAUGAGCGUAUAUCCGGCAGUUCCUUGAAACGCAAACGGAGUGGGCAGGGCUCGGGCUUUUCCCCAGCGCCGCAGAGGCCCAAGACCGAAGGACCGGCUGAGACCAGUCUAUGCCGCAACUCUCGUCUAUCUGAAGUUAUCGAACUGGAUUGA